AUGUUGACAUCACGUUGUUGCAAUCGUAAGGUUAUUGAAUUAACCUUGCGUAGAUCAUAUGCCAGUAGCGGUAGUGCUGCAUCUGCUACUUCUGGAGGCAAGAAGAAGUCAUUCUCUGCAUCAAAGAAUGUAUCGUUCAAGGAUAUGCCAAAGGUUGCUAAAAUUCAACCAAAGCCUGCAUCACCACUCGAAAAGGAUAUCACUCCCGAACAAAAGAUAGAGAACCUCAAGUCACAUCAAUUGGCCGAGAUACAACAACAACAUGACUUUUAUUACACUCCAUCAUUCCAACAACUUGGUAUGUUGGGUAACAUUCACGAUUUGAAUGAAGAUUGGGAUAAUGUUACUGGUAUUCCACUUUCAAGUAAAGAUCAUUAUGGUGUUAGUGAAGCUCAUAAACUCUUUAACAAAAAGGAUCAUGAGGAAGCAAACAUUCAAUUCUCAAGACAUGGUGGUGACAGUAUUCCAUACCCAAGAUUACCAAGUAAUAAUCCACCACUCAUCUCUGCACAAACAAGAUACGGAGGUACAUUUUCAAGAGCAUUGUUGAAUGACAGAAAGACAUUAAACAGUUUAAGCGACACUACCUUGAGAUUGAUUGAUGAGUACUUGAAGGAAGUCAUCAUCAAUGAAAGAAUCUCAUGUUUCAGUUUGCACACCUCGACACCAGGUUUGAUUCAAUCAGCCGGUACCGAUUUCGUUGCCAUGUUUGAAAAGAGAAACACUGAAUACCCACAAGAAUACUUAAAGAAGCUUUACAAGGCUAUGUAUCUCUUGGCAAUCACUCCAAAACCACAAAUUAACAUUUUAGAUGGUUUAGCUGUUGGAUCUGGAGCAGCAUUAACAGCCAAUUCAGGAAUUAGAGUAGUUACAGAGAAUGCAGUCAUGUCAUUCCCAGAGGCAGCUCUUGGUUAUUUCCCAGAUUGUGGAAGUAUGAGAUUACUUGCUCGUAUGGAUGGUUUCCUUGGAAAGUAUCUUGCAUUGACUGGUCGUCGUCUUCGUGCCGGUGAAUUGAUUCAAACUGGUGUAGGCAACUUUUACAUGCGUACUGCCCACAUCCCACUCAUUGAAGAUUCACUCUGUCAAUUGCCACCCAAUCGUCCAGACCGUAUGUUCCUCCACUUGGACACACACUCUGACUCGUUUGACGAUCUCGUCUCUCAACCAACCCACUACACCACCUACCGUGAAGCCAUCGAUCGUUGUUUCUCAAAGGACACUGUCGAGGAAAUCAUCGAAGCUCUCCACAAGGAAAGACAACACAGUGAUUGGGCAAAGAGAUGUAUUCAAAAUAUGAACAAAUCUUCUCCAUUGGGAUUAAAGUUGACAAACGCAUUAUAUCGUCAUGUUGCAGAAGCAAAGGAAACAAUUAGUUUAAGAGAUUUGUUAUCACUUGAAUAUAAGAUUGCCAAUUGUUUGUUUGAAGAGGGAUCCGAUCUAUGGGAGGGUGUUCGUUCCAACCUCGUCUAUGGUCGUGCACCAAACUACAGAUACAAGACAUUGAGCGACGUCACUGACAGUGUCAUUGAAGAUCACUUUAACUUUGCUCCAAAGGGUGGCGAGUUUGUCUUGAGAAACAUGCCAAACAACAGCGAACGUUUCGAAGAGAUGGUACACGAAUUCUACGACAACUACUACACCGAGUUUACCGAACAAGACUCUGCCAUGUUCCGUACCACCAGUGGCGACCCAAUCACAGACAAACAUGUUCAAUUUAUUGAAGAGUUCUAUAAUAGAGUUCCUCCUCAAGAAUACGUACAAAUGCAACAAAUCGAUGAAGUUUUAAAUAUAAUGUCACCAGAGGAUUUAUACAGGGCCUACUAA